GGGCCCAGGGCCCACGGCUCCAACCGGGCUUGUCCCUUGUUGAUGCAGGGCCCUCAUUAGUCUGGACUCGUCACAGAGCCCUCCUGGCUCCUGUGCCUUGCUCGUAAGGAGCAGGGGGCAGCGGCGGCUCCGCGGGGGGCUGGGGCCAUUGGGGCUAGCAACAAUGACGGAGCCGGUAACACCACGUCUGUCCCCCGGCCCCUCUCUCCCUGUGCAGCCCUCUGCCUGGUGCUGGGCUGCAUGAUCUUCCCGGACGGCUGGGACGCGGAGACUAUCCGGGACAUGUGCGGGGAGAAGACGGGGAAGUACGCGCUGGGCGACUGCUCCGUGCGCUGGGCCUACAUCUUGGCCAUCAUCGGCAUCCUCAACGCCCUCAUCCUCUCCUUCCUGGCCUUCGUCCUUGGCAACCGGCAGAACGACCUGCUGCAUGAGGAGCUCAAGACAGAGAGCAAAGAUUUUGUUGGCACUGCGAGGAUAUAAUGUAGUGCGAGCAGCUGGGCCCUCGCAGCGCUGGCGCCUGGACUGGACCCUCCCCAUCCCUGCCCUCCCUUCUCUGCCGACACCCCUGUCCCAACCAGCUCUGUGCCUCAAACGCCACCGGCCUCGCCAGGGACCUGUCGGCCACAUGGCUCCCUGCCCCUGCCGGGACCGGGACCGGGACCGCCUGCCCACCCGCCUGCUUCAGGAACAGCAACGCACUGCAGCUGUGCCCCCCGGAGACAACCACAGAGGUUUGGAUGGAUUUCAAUGCUCCUGGGAAGCAUCGAGGCCCCCCCCAAAGUGCCCCUGUCCAGCCCCUCCAUGCCCUGCCCUGGCGGCGGAGCCGGCGCCAAGAGGAGCCCCUGCCUCCACCCCUACACCUCCGGGCAGCAGCGGGGCUGCAGCAGACUGAGCUGCUGGGGGAUCCCAGCCCUGGCCCGAUGAGCCAACACUUGUGCAUUCGCUCAUCUUUGCACAGGGACCACGACUGCGCCCCGCAGCUCUUCUGGGCUCUGGCUGAAACUCACUCCUGGGCCCAGAGCCUCCCACCCCUGCUGGGACCAGCUGUGGGGGCAGCCCGGUGCCAGAUGCUGAAUGUAACCCCUGGCCUGGCCCUUGAUGCUGGGGGCUGCUAAAGGUGUGACCAGCGCCCACUACCCUCCUGCCCCUGUUCCACCACGUGUGUCUCAUGCUGGUGCCAAAUGCCACAGUCCUCCCCACACGGUGCUUUACCCCUCGCCAGACAGAUCCAUCCCCCUCCCGGCUGGGGGGCGGCUACACAGCCCUGCUGCGGCAGGGCCCCAGCUGCGGGGGCAGCCUGGAGGGGGCCGUGCCUGCUGCUCCGUGCCCACACCCAAGCCUCAGAGGCAGGACAGCAGUAAGGACCUGCACCGCGGGGACCCCUGUGCCGCUGAGAGUGAGGCACCUUAGCUGCUCCCCGCAGACAGCAAGGCUGCCCCUGCUCAUCGCAGGCCUGCGACUCCAGGAGGCAGUGACAGUCCCCAGAGCCUCAUUGCUGCAGGGACAGAGCUGGCCCUCCGCCCCUCAGAGCCCCCGGCUGGAGUGGAGCUCGCAUCCAGCUCAGCCCCAGCCCCUGAGACCAGACGAGCCAGAGCAGCUCGUGCCCGUGCCCAGCAGACACAGGCUGGAGGCGAGAGUGCCUGGAAGCAUGCAGCACGCAGCAGCGCAAUAAAGUCCUGAGCGCUCGCGCUGACUGCAUCCCAGUGCCCAGCUGCAGGUCACCCGGGGACGUCUCUGCCACUGGGCCCCAGGCAGCAGUCGGUCGGGGUGGGGAGCAUGGGGGCAAGAGGUGAAAGGUGGGAAGAGAAAGUUAUAGGGGCUGGCGUGGCGCAAGGCAGGGCUGCAGGGGCCGGGGCUUGUGCCAGGCUGGCGGGACCAGGGCUGCAGCACGCAGGGACCCGGGCAUCCUGCCGCGGCUGCUUCCUGAGAGCGGAGCCAGGAAGCAAAGAUGUACAUAGCGCCGAGCGCCAGGGCAGGGAGGGGAGGCUGGGACAGGCCCGGGCAUGCAGGAAGGUUGGUUUGGUGGUGGCACACAGACGCUGUAGGGCAGCAUGGGAGAGGGGCCAGAGCGGCAGGGGAGGUCUGGCCUCCACCGCCCAGGCGGGCCCUGUCCCCUUAGAGCAAAGGAGCAAGGAUCGAGCCACAUGCACAACCACGCAGCACCUCCAGGGAGGGCCACAGCAUUGUCAUGAGUCCUGUCCCCCACCCCCCACCCCGUGAUCACGACACCCUUGUAGCAACCACGGCCCCUGCCCAGCUGGGGGAGUCACGCCGGGAGACCGCUGGGCACAAGGAUGCGCUUCUCAGUCACUUGGCAGCAAAGGCUGAAGAGGAGCUGCCCAGCCCCGCGCUGGCAGCUCAGCCUGCUCUGGCAGCUACUACAGCAGGGUCACAAUUGCAGAUGAUGGCACAGAUGUGGCUGCUUUUGUCGACUGAGAUGCAGCACCUGCGCAGAGGGAGCCGUGGCUGUAACAUAUCUGUAUUUUAGUACGAAGUUUGAUACGGUGUUUCACAAACCUUAUUGGAAAAUAUAAUUCAAACUGGA